AUGACGCGUACGCCACCGAAACAGCCGCUCGUAGCUGUGAUUGGCGCCACUGGGACUGGCAAAUCGCAGCUGGCCGUCGAGAUUGCCAAGCGAUACAAUGGCGAGAUCAUCAAUGGAGACGCGAUGCAGUUGUAUGCCGGCCUGCCCAUUCUCACCAACAAAAUCACGCCCGAUGAGCAGGAAGGCAUACCGCACCACCUGCUCGGAUGUAUCGCACUGCACGAGCAGACGUGGGUGGUCGGCACCUUCAUCCGCCAUGCGCUCAAGACCAUAGAGGAGAUUCGGGCGCGUGGGAAACUGCCGAUUCUGGUGGGCGGCACGCACUACUAUACCCAGAGUCUGCUGUUCUACGAUCGUCUGGCUGAAGAUGAAGAGGAGAGGGAGCAGCGCGAAUUCAUCGUAGACACGUCUGACAAAUGGCCCAUCCUGAAAGAGCCUACGGACGUCCUCCUGAAAGAGCUCAAUCGAAUAGAUCCCGUCAUGGCAGACCGCUGGCAUCCGAACGAUAGGCGCAAGAUACAGCGUAGUCUCGAGAUCUACCUCCAGACGGGCAAGAGAGCAUCUGACAUAUAUGCGGAGCAACGAGCGAGGAAAGAGGAAGUGGGUGCAGAGGAAGCUGGAGAGCCGAAGAUGCGCUUUCCAGCACUGCUCAUAUGGGUGCAUUGCGAGGCGGCAGUCCUGCGUGAGCGACUCGACAAGCGCGUCGAUAAAAUGCUAGCGAAUGGCUUACUGGACGAGGUGAAUACGCUCGACAGAUUUGCCCGUGAUCAAGAAACACAGGGCACUCGUGUAGACGACGGCAAAGGCAUAUGGGUCAGCAUCGGCUACAGGGAGUUCCGAGACUAUGUUCGCAAACUGCACACAAGCGUUGACGAACAGCAAACACUUGAAAAGCUGAAAGCCAUAGCCCUGGAGGCCACUCAAGCUUCAACACGACAGUACGCAAAGCGUCAGGUUCGCUGGAUUCGCAUCAAAUUAGUCAAUGCACUCAUGCAGGCCAACGCUUCGCAUCAAAUGUACCUCCUCAAUGGGUCAGACGUCUCCAGAUUUGAGGAGACCGUGGUCGAUCCGGCUUUGCAGCUCACAGGGCAGUAUCUGCGUGCUGAGGACAUGCCGGCGCCAUCGACAUUAUCCACAGUCGCAGCCGAGCAAUUGCAGCCUAAACGAGAUGACUUGGCUGGCGCACCCGAAGCCUGGGUGAAGCAGUAUUGCUCUGUUUGCGACACUACUUCUGUCACGCCAACUCAGUGGCAACAGCAUAUAUCAAGCAAAAGCCACAAGAAGCGCGUCAGCAAAGCCCGGCAAGCCGAGUCGCGUACUGCAGGACUGUAUCGCGACCCCAGUGGCAAUGAAGCAAAGAGUGACGAAGUACUUCAGUAG